AUGGAGUUGGACAUUCACACCACACAACCAACCCACCGUGUGUCAGCCUGUAGUAGUUCUCUUGUGACAUACCUUUUUAACCUUAACCGUAAUUGUGACUCUUCUGUAUAUAACUUAAAUAGAAUUUCUUUGGAUACCGUUGGAAUUGUAUCCUUACUAUUACUCGUGCUAACAUUAGAUAUGAAGCGCCGCAUUCUCUCCCUAUGUCGCAAAUACACUGCUCGUAUCCCUAAUUGUGCCUGCAACGAACCUGAGGCUUCCGAUGCUGCUAGAAUGAAUUAUGUAUCGACCACCAACCCGCCCAAAGUGCUUGAGAUCCCUUUUGAGAUCCUUAUCUUGAUUGCUUCUAAUUUCAAUGAAUAUGAUAUGAAGCAUUUUAGCAUGGUAACUACCGUAUUAUUACCAUAUAUCGAUAUCUAA